CCCUUUUGCCUGAGCUCAGCCAGCCUGGGAGUCACAGGCGCUUCGGGCUGCAGAGGAAAAGCCUCUUGGCCCAAGGAUGGAGCUGGAACUCAACUGUACCCAGGCCUCAGAGUUGGACAAGUUCAUAGAGGUCCACCUCCUUCCCAACACCACCUUCCAUAAUGAGGUCAGAGCCGUCAUCGAUGCCGUGUGCACUUUCCUGAAGGAGAGAUGCUUCCGAGGCGCCGACCACCCUGUGAGGGUCUCCAAGGUGGUGAAGGGCAGCUCCUCUGGCAAAGGGAAAAUGCUCUUGGGCAAGUGGGAAGCCGACCUGGUGGUGUUCCUUAACAAUCUCACCAGCUUUGAGGAUCAGUUAAAGCGACGGGGAGAGUUCAUCCAGGAAAUCAAGAAACAGCUGUGUGAGUUGCAGCAAGAGAAAAAGUUUCAACUGAAGCUUGAGGUUCAGGGUUCAAAGCAACCCAAUGCCCAGGGGCUCGUCUUCAAGCUGAGCUCCCCUCAGCAUCAGCAGGAGGUGGAGUUUGAUGUGCUGCCAGCCUACGAUGUCCUGGGUGAUGUCAGCACAGACAAGAAACCUGACCCCUACAUCUAUGAAAAUCUCAUCAGGAAGUGCAUCAUCCUGGGGCUGGAGGGCGAGUUCUCCACCUGCUUCACAGAGCUCCAGGGAAACUUCCUGAAGGAUCAUCCACCAAGGCUGAAGAAUCUCAUCUACCUAGUCAAGCACUGGUACCAACUGUGUAAGGAGAAACUGAGGGAGCCGCUGCCCCCACUGUAUGCCCUGGAGCUGCUCACAGUCUACGCCUGGGAACAUGGGAGUAGAGUCUCUGAGUUCAACACAGCGGAGGGCUUCAGGGCAGUCUUGGAACUGGUCACCAAGUACAGGCAACUUCAAAUCUACUGGACAGUGUAUUAUGAUUUUCAAGACUUGGUGGUCUUCACUCACCUGCUCAGACAGCUUGGAAAAGACAGGCCUGUGAUCCUGGACCCAGCUGACCCAACAAGGAACGUGGCUGGCGGGAACCCACUGGGCUGGUGGCUGCUGGCAGAAGAAGCUGUGACCUGGUUGGAGUACCCGUGUGUUAGGAAUUGUGAAACAUUCCCAGUGUUCUCCUGGGAUGUGCCGACCGAAGAUCCUCUGCCAAGCCAAGAGGUGGACGAGAACGGAGCUUGCGUCCUUCUGUGAGCACAGCAGCACCUGCCCAGGAGGCUCCAGAGUCAGGGAUGUGCUCCUCUGUGCAGGACUUCACCAGAGAGCAGGAUGCUGCCCAAGGCCCCAGGCAGGGUUGGACUCCAGGCUCCUGACCCUGCCUGCCCACCCUAGUCCUGUCCCAUCACAGUCUACCCGCUUCAUCCAACUUAUCCUUGACAUCGUUCUCUGGGUGAGAAGAGAUUCAGAAGGGAGGGGAGAACUCAAGCUUGACUUCCGUCUGUGUAUCUGUUGGAGGGUUCUGGCCAAUGUCUAAUUCAAUAACAAUUAAACCACAUCUGAUGCGA